GGAAGCGGUUUGAAUAACUUUCCGUGAACAGUUAAGCUCAAUCCCGAAUCCGUUCUCCUGAAGCUUGACACGGACACGGUACUUACAAUACAAUUUUUCUCAAAUGGUAUUGUAAUCAAGUAACGGACCUCCUUCCAUGACAAAACUUUACUUCUGGUGGCUUCUCUAUCCAUUCAAACCGAAAUUGUUAUAUAUCUUCUCGAAUGUUGAUAGUACAGGAUCAAUAUGAGGACCGAAAAACGACAGGAGAAUUUCGAGAAGGACCAUAGCCACCUGCGAGACCGUUUUCUAUGCCUGACCGUCGGCUUGAUCAUCAUAGGAUUCUGCCUUUCAGGAUUAUUGACGACCUCUAGUGACUUUGCAAACAGGAGAACCGAAAUUGAACCACUCUUUUUGUCGAUUCCCAGUCGCGAUACAGCUCGAGAUUUUUCGAAGGAAUUCUCCAAGAGGCCUCAUACCCCCGGAUCCCCACGUGAUGCGACUCUUGCAAAGAGGGUGCUUCAGAUCUUCCAAGACGAACUGGGAAUUUCCCGUAUUGCAGAGUCCAUCUUUCAGGCCGGUUCACCAGAAUCACGUAACGCGACUCUUCGACUGACUGCAAAAGAUCGUGUCAGCCAACCGACUGCUUGGAUAGAUGUUUAUUAUCCUGAUCUUGACACCCCGAAGCAACAGGACGUAGAGGUUUUAGAUCAAUAUGGUCAGACAACGUGGGCUGCAAAUUUAGCUGAGGAAGGAGAUCCCUUGGAUGAAGACGCUUAUAAUUCUCAAAACGAUGUCCCCACUUGGCAUUAUUACAGCGCGGAUGGCAUGGUAGAGGGAAAGCUAGUGUACGUGAAUUAUGGAACCAAGCAGGACUUUGAAGCCCUUCUUUCAGCAGGCGUCAACUUGACUGGAAAAAUUGCUUUAGCUAGAUAUGGGGAAGUUUAUCGGGGCAUCAAAGUCGAGAACGCUCAAUUCUCUGGUGCCAUUGGGCUACUCAUGUAUACUGAUAUCCGUGAUGAUGGGCGCGUCACUGCCCAGAACAAGUAUGCGAUCUAUCCUCAUGGACCUGCCCGAAAUCCAUCUUCCGUCCAGCGAGGGUCUGCGCAUAUGUUGUAUAUAUACCCAGGGGACAUAUCUACACCAGGUUAUCCAGCUUAUCAAAAUGCUUCUCGACAAGAGCCAAGUAACGUUCUUUCUAUUCUAAGUAUUCCUAUCAGCUGGAAGACUGCCCAAGCCUUGAUGGAGGAAAGUGGAAUGUUCAAUGAUUCUAUCAGUAGCAAAGUUGUGCGAUUGAUUAACCGAGUUGACCGCGCUCCCGCCCCUAUAUGGAAUACUAUGGCAGCUAUUCCUGGUCACAUCAAAGAUGAAGUUGUAGUUUUAGGGUGCCACAGAGACGCUUGGAUUUUAGGCGCUGCGGAUCCCGUCAGCGGCACUGUAUCGUUGUUAGAAGUCGUUCGGGCUUUUGGGGCGCUUCUUCGUACAGGAUGGAAACCGCUCCGGACCAUCCUAUUCACUAGCUGGGAUGCAGAGGAGGCUGGCCUAGUAGGAAGUACUGAGUAUGGUGAGGAUUUUGGGGAAUGGCUUUCUCGAUACGCAGUGGCUUAUCUCAACGUCGACAUUUCUGCUGCCGGUCCAAGAUGGCUCAUUUACGGCACGCCAUCACUCAGUGACUUGAUACAACGCACGGCGCAGGAUAUACCCCAUCCUACUGUAAAAGGGAAGACCUUAUGGGACGCCAGGCAUGAUAGAGGCUUCGAGCAUGACUCUGUCGAAGCGCUAGACUCCCGGCCGAACGCGACAGGGAUACAAAUGUUAGGCCUUGGAAGUGAUCAUGCUGUGUUUUUGCUUCGACUGGGAAUUGCAGCAAGCGACCAGAUGUUCAAGGGUGUCACUGAAUUCGAUAUUCCCUACCAUUAUCACUCCAUUUACGACUCUCACAGAUGGAUGCAGAUAUAUGGAGAUCCGGGAUUCCACCGACAUAUAGCAGUCGCAAGGCAUCUUGGACUCAUGACCCUUCGCCUCGCAGACUCGCUGAUACUUCCUUUAAAUAUUUCGCGCGGAGCCUCUGCUUUGGAUGAUUAUCUAACAAGAUUCAACGCCUCCAAAAGCCUUCACGUACUACGUAAAUCUAUCGCUAGACUUCGAGCAGCUUCUGCAGAGCUAGAAGAAGAAAAGAACCAAUCACGACUCAACUUCUUCGACACCAUAGUCGGGAAGUCCCCUUCGUUCAGCUCACGUAUUUUUGGCCCAACAACUCCUGGUUUGUAUGCCAGGCCUUACCAUCCUUACUCCGGCUGGCUCGGGCAGUUUGUGAGCCAGACCUCCUUGAAAUGGUUCGAGGAAGAAAUCUGGCAGGCAUAUAUUCGGGUUGCCAAUGCCAAUAAAAAGUCAAUGAUGUUUGAGCGCGGAUUUCUGUCAGAUGAAGGACUUCCAGAGAGACCAUGGUUCAAAAAUUUGAUUGUUGGGCCAGAUAGAGAACAAGGAUAUGAAGGGACCCCCUUCCCCGCGCUUGCGGAGGCUUUUCAAUCUGGGAACAGUAACCGAGUGGAAUACGAAACGCAGAGGUUGAUGAAUCUUUUAGAGGUGUUGACUGUCAAGCUUGGAUCUUAAUGGCUCUCGUCUCCUGCGUGGUACUGCGAAAGGGAGAUGAAAGGCAAGAGGUCCGGGGAGACCACUUUGGCAGUUCUAAAUAUUGGCGCCUGAAAAUGAAGAAAGUUAGCAGAGCAGUCGGAUUGAGACUGGCGA